UUUUUCAAUUAGCAACGUUUUUAUCAAAAAUAUUAGCAAUGGAUGAACACAGUGUCGAAAGUUUAGCGGAAGUAUUUAGAUGUUUCAUUUGUAUGGAAAAACUUAAAGAUGCCCAUCUUUGCCCCCACUGUUCAAAAUUAUGUUGCUAUGCAUGCAUUAGACGAUGGUUAACCGAGCAGCGUUCUCAGUGUCCUCAUUGUAGAGCUUCUUUACAUAUUCAUGAACUAGUAAACUGUCGCUGGGUUGAAGAAGUAACUCAACAGUUGGAUACUUUGCAAUUGGUUGGAGCAGUUAAAGAUGAUUCUUCGGACAAAGAAAAAUGUAAAACCCACAAAGAAAAGCUAAGUGUGUAUUGUCGGAACUGUAAGCAGUGUAUUUGUCAUCAGUGUGCUUUAUGGGGAGGUACGCACUCAGAUCAUGUUUUUAAGCCACUGGAUGAAAUUUAUGAGCAGCAUGUUUCACAAAUAAAAGAGGAGUUCGUCCGCCUUCGUAGGAGGCUUGCAGAGUUAAUCAGUUUGGUUCAAGAAGUGGAAAAGAGUGUUGAAAGUGUCAGAAGUGCAAAGGAUGAUCGUGUUCAUGAAAUUCGCCAUGCUGUUGAGCAUAUGAUUUCACGUUUGGACGCUCAGCUGAAAAGCAAACUGUUGACAUUGAUGGCACAAAAGAAUUCUUUGUCUCAAGAAACAGAACAAUUAGAAACUAUUCUGAAAUCAGUUGAACAGCAGUUAAGCUCUAGUUGUAAGAAUGAAUUAAUUACUAUGAGUCCUGAUAUACUUCAUAAUAUGGCUGAAAUUCAGAGUAAACCAAUGGCAAGUUUUGUUACGGCUGCUGUUCCCGCAGAUUUCCCAAGUGAAAUCGUACCUCCUUAUGAUGGAAGUACUUUUGUGAUGCAUAACUUUAGUGUUCUACAGCAGAGAGCUGAUCCUGUAUACAGUCCACCUUUAAAUGUCUGCGGUCUUACCUGGAGGUUGAAAGUUUAUCCAGAUGGGAAUGGGGUUGUUCGAGGUAAUUACUUGUCUGUUUUUCUGGAAUUAUCAGCUGGAUUACCCGAAACCUCCAAGUACGAAUAUAGAGUGGAAAUGAUUCAUCAAACGUCUAGGGAUCCAUCCAAGACAGUUGUUCGUGAAUUUGCCUCUGAUUUUGACGUCGGAGAAUGUUGGGGUUAUAAUCGCUUUUUUAGACUCGAUCUCCUUGCCAGUGAAGGCUACUUAAAUACAGAACGUGAUACUUUAAUCUUGGGGUUCCAAGUUCGUUCACCCACUUUUUUCCAAAAAUGCAGAGAUCAAAUGUGGUGUAUUAAUCAGUUACAGACUGCUCAAGCUCAGUAUAUUAGCCAGAUUAAUGAUUUGAAAGAGAGGUUGGCUAUUGAGUUAUCUAGGAAUCAAGCUGCUUUGGGAAAUAAAACAGAUGUAAAUGAUGUACAAAUUACACCUGAACAACCAUCUGUUUUAAAUGCAAAUUCUGCUGCAGCAAUAAAUGUAUGCCCCUUAAUGGGAAGUAUGGCAUCACCAUUAUUAUCCCCUACAUUUUCUAUUGCGUCAUCCUUACAGCCAUCCAUGCCAAAUUUUUCACCUAUAAAUCAACAUGAGUGCUUCUUAACCCCAACAAGCUCAUUAGAAAUAUCCAAGUGCGAAAACAGCGUGGAUUCCGAAGCUUCGAACAAAUGUCUUGAAAAAAGUAUCGAUAGUGAAGAAACAAUUACAGCUAAUGAUCAACGACAUUCGGGUACCAGAGCAAAGGUCAAGUGUGUAAAAAGUAAUUCUAAUCGAGAACAUGACUGUACCCAGAUUGAACAAGCUUAUAGGGGGCAAAAUAGAACCUUUUGUACCCACACAAAUUCCCAGAAAUGUAAUUAUAAGGACAUUAUUUUACUGGACUCUUACGAUGCAUCUUGUGAAGCCGAUUCUUCUAGUUCGGAUAAUGAAGUGGUCAGUGAAUGCAAUAGUGAAGAUGCAGUUGCUAGCCAUGCUGCAUGUAAUACUAGCCCAAGUACAGCUACAGGGGAGAACAGUAAUGAUGAAAAUGACCUCGAUGAAGAAACGAUUUCAGAUGGCAUCAACUUUUCUCUCAAUUCCAAACUCAAUCCUCGUCGUCAAAGAUUGCAUUCGUGGAAUUCUCUUAGCAACCAUGGUAGGGCAGAAAGAGCACAGGCUUCAUCUGGCGAGUACAGUAAUCUUUUCGAUGUACCAUCUGACGAUGAUGAAUCUGUUUUGCUUCGAUUAUUAGAAUUGCAACACCAGAAUCCAUACCACUGGUCCGUAAACUAUGCUGCAGAUAUGCAGAAAAACAGCGAGAAACAGAAAAAUGGACAUAGUUGUCGUCAUUCAUUGCUUUUAUCUUCUUUGCUCGCCACUUCAAGAUACAACAAUCCUCAAAAUGAGCCGCAAUCACUGUCCACAUCUGCAUCACCAUCAUCAGAAUUCCCCACAUUAUCAAAAAUCAUAUCAUCUAGGAAAAAGUGGGAAAAUGCUGGUGGUAGUGGAUGCUUUCGCAUUUCAGAUUUAGAAACGAACUUAGUUGAACCGGCACGCACCAACGAUUCUAACAAUGUUCCUCAUUUAUUGGAUCAGUUCUCGCCAUGCCCGUCUACCUCGGCUUUCAAUUCCGCAUUCGUAGGCACACCAAGAAAUGCAUCCGAUUCUGCAGAUGCUCUCAGUAAGCAUCAGAGGUUGAAGAAGAGUGAGGCUUCUACUUCUGGAGAAAACAAUUCAGUAUUAAAUGUGACAGCUCAAGAAGAAUCUCCUAAACCAUGCAACUUAUGGCCUUCACCAUCACAUAAACCACUCCCGAAUCCAAAACCAUCAUGGGCUGUUCUACAAGGUGCUGCUAAGAGAGAGCAACCAGUCACUUCAUCCGCUUCCGAGACCAGGACAUCACUCGUACCACGGAAUUUUGCUGCCACUUCCGAAGCUAAUGAAGAUUCGAGUCCAACUACCAGUAAUUCCUCAAAUGAAAGUGUCUGUGAAAAUUUAGAAGCUAGUAGUAAGGGUGCACAAAAACAAUAAGUACUUUAACAACUUUAGUAUUUUAAAGGUAAAAAAGGUGUAGUGAUCCCGGUUAGUUGAUUUAUUUAAAAAUUUUAAUAGAAAUUUCUAUAUGCAUUUAAAUAAAUAAUAUUAAAUAGAAA